AUGACCUGGCAAACCGAACUCAACUCAUGGCUGUCGCCACCCAGCGUGCAAACAGCAGAAACGCCCACUGUCGGCCAAAAGGCACCUCCAACACCAAAGCUAAACAUACCUGCAAAAGAUGGCAAGCCGACCAUUAUCAGUUUCCUCAGACACUGCGGCUGCCCUUUUGCGGAAAAGACGUUUUUGAAUAUGAGAGACAUGGCAGCGGCGCACAGAGAUGUCGACUGGGUGGCUGUGAGCCAUAGCGAGCCAGGAGCGACAGAGAGGUGGUUGGCGGCACUACCUGAGCCUGCGAAGAACACCCAACCCAACCUCUACGUCAUUGUUGAUGCUGAACGCGAGGCAUAUGGCGCAUGGGGCUUGGGCAUAUCGUCCUUGUGGCACGUUCUCGGUAGCAUACCCGGGACGACGAAACUCAAACAAGAGGGCAUCAGCGUGCGAGCUACAGAGAGCGGCAGCAGGUGGCAGACGGCGGGUAAUUUUGCGAUAGACGGAGAGGGGAUGGUGAAGUGGGCGAGGGUCGAUCAGAGGGCGGAUGAUAUGCCGGAUUUCAGGCAGGGCCUUGAUGCUGUGUUAGAUCAUGGCAUCAUGGCGGCACCAACCACACAGCUGACGUCGAAUUACGCGAGCGAAUAUGGUUCCGAUAUCGACAUCCAGUCUAUCGCGACGCUGAGUGACUACGGCUCCGAUAUCGACAUUGACGACGACACCAUACUUGCAGACGCUUUCGACACGAUAAGAAACGCGGCGCAAACCCAAAAGAGCGCAGUGCUACCUAGCAUUGAGUUCGAGGAGGGCGAACGAGAAGAUGAAGAACAGGAUGUGGACGGCUUCGUGCAGGUACGCAGACCCACGGUGCUGCGCGUUACCAAGGGCAAGAGAAGUGUCGACGCGGAUACACAGAGGGACAUACAGAGUUCGCCCGUGCGAGAGCGGAAGGCGCUGGAAGUCGAGUACGACGAGAGAUCGCGACGGGCGUGGAGUGUUCCUCACGAACAACCAGCCACUCCACCUUCACCUUUGCAAUUCCAACCUAAGCGCAGCGCAUCGCAAGCCACUGCCGCCGCUCCACUCGCUCCAACUCAAGCCGUCCAAGCCGCUGAAACCGACACCCGUCCGCCCCUCGAGCGUUUCCGAACGAAACCCAAGAAAUGUCUCUCGGUGACCGAUCUCGUCUCCCCCGCUUGGUGCGAAUUACAGUAUUUCUACACGCUCAGCAAAUUCGGACGGAAGCCACGAACACAGGCUAUGAAGACUGGUAGCAAGAUCCACCAAACGCUCGAAGACCAAGUCCACACAACGGUGCCGGUGCAGGUUGAAAGCAAAGAAGAUGGAUUUGGGCUGAGGAUGUGGAAUGCGAUUUCCGGGCUGAGGUGUUUGAGAGAGAUGGGCUUGACGAGAGAACUGGAAGUCUGGGGUGUGAUUGAGGGACAGGUUGUUAACGGGGUGAUCGAUGAGAUCAGCUAUGUUUGUCCCGACGCGGAAUUCGAACAAGAGGUUGAGAGGGCGAGGGCAGAGAAGGAUGGUGGUAUUGUUCCUUUGCCACCGAAUCAGCCCAGCAUCUCAGACGCUUUUGCCAAAGCCUCUGGGAAACCGUCUUCAUCCGACCCAUUGCCCUCCGCACCAAAUCCCUCAGAUCGCCAAAUCUACAUUGCAGAUGUAAAGACUCGCUCCGCGAAAUCUCUCCCAACCGGUGCGAGUCUACGCCCUACAUGGAUGCAGCUCAUGCUCUACCGCAAACUCCUCGAAUCCCUCUCUUUAAACACCGUGGAUGCGGAGACUGUCCUGCAGCGCUACAGUCUCGACCCACUUGCGCCUUUCACGCAAACCUUCCUGGGUGAAAUCUCUUCUAUAGGUCCGCAUGGGAACCCGGAGUCCGAAGCGACGAAUUACCCAAAUCUUCUCUCACUAUGGAGUCUGCUCGUCACAGAGAUGCAAGAAACGUUUCCAAGGGGAAGCUUGAGCCCGAUACUACGGGCGGAGUUUCGGUACGCAAAGACGGGAGAUGUACUUGGUAGUCGGCUUACGGUGUACGAGCCGGAAGUUAUUGAUGCGUAUGUUGGGAGUGAGAUGGCUUGGUGGAAAGGUGCGAGGGAGGCCAAGGGAGUGGAGAUUGAGGAGGCGUUUAAAUGUCGGAUAUGCGAUUUUGCUGAGUCGUGUACGUGGAGGAAGACGAAGGUUGAGGAGGCUGUGGAGAAGAGUAGGCUUAGGAGGGAGGGGAAGGCGAAAGCUGUUGUCUGA